AUAAGACUUGCUAAACCUACAUACAAUUAGCUCUGAUUUCUCUGCGCUCAGUCGCUUUUUAGUUGUGAGACGAAUCGGAAUACAAAAUUGAAAUGAAUAUUUCAGCGUAUACGUGUAUAUUGACAGUUUUAUUGAUGACAUCACAAGUGAAUUGUUCGUGCCAAUUGGAUGAUCAAUGCAGCACUUAUUGCUAUCAGGUAGUGAAACCCCUUCUACAAUACGUCAACACGGUCUCAACAAUGACACAAGAAAAUAACGAGUUGCAGCAUACGGUAAAAAGGCAGGCGAAAACAAUAGAAAACUUAAAUGAAUUGAUCAAAGAAAAAAUCCAAUUGAAUGAUUCGUAUCAAAAUAACAAUGCCAAUCAACAGAGACGUAUUAAUCAAUAUAAAAUGCAAAACGAUUUUGUUAACGAUUCGGUAACAAGUCAGAUUCUAAAUAAUCUGAAUCAACAGGAGUUUCGCUCAAAGUUAAACCAAUUACUUGAAAGCCAUAGUCAAAAUGAACGGAAGCUUCUUGAUCAAUAUGAAAUGCAAAUAACUAACCUAAAAUCGGAAAUCAAGUCGAAAGAUGAAGAAAUUAAGGAAUUGCAAUCACAAAAUGCAAAAACUGAACCACUUCAAAAUAACAUAACUGCUUAUAAACAGUCAUCCAGUUGUUUUGGCAAAUCGACGGCGGUUCAUACGAUCCGAGUUCCCAUAACAAUGACAGUUUCAUGUGAAUCGAAGUUGCCUGGAGCUGGAACUGGAUGGACUGUUAUACAGCGACGUAAGGAUGGAAGCGUCAACUUUAAUAAAAAUUGGUUAGAGUACAAAAACGGCUUUGGAGAUCUGCGUGGAGAAUUUUUUAUUGGACUCGAGAAGCUUCACUUGCUAACACAAUCCCAGCCCCAUGAAUUAUAUAUAUCCCUUGGCGACUUUUCUAAUGAGACACGAUAUGCCAGAUACGACAACUUUCUUAUUGGUAACGAGACAGAUUUAUAUAGAAUAAUAGAACUUGGAACGUAUUCAGGCGAUGCUGGCGACUCAUUAGAGGGUCACACAUAUUAUAGAUUUUCAACACCCGAUAAAGAUUCUACCUAUAAAAAGUGUGCAUCCUAUUUCAGUUCAGGCUGGUGGUUUGUCGAUAACGGUUGCUAUUCUUGCAAUCUUAAUGGACAAUAUGUAGAAGAAGACAUUGCAGAGGAAACUGAUGGAAUUGAAUGGAGAGAAUGGAAAAUGGAUCAACUUUUGAAAUUUACACAAAUGAUGAUAAGGCCAAUAUCUGAAAGUAUUGCCUUUAAUUAAAAAUUUACAACUUUGACUGUUGCGGAUGGAAACAUUGAACAAAUUGUUUCACAUUGCAACUAUGCAACUCUAUUUUGUAUCAGAUAAUAUUCACAUGGGCUUACAUUUUAAAUCUUAACAU